UUGUUAUGUACGCGCACGUUUUUGGUUCUCUUCGGCGCUAUGUUUACAACGUGUGGUUCUGUUAAGUGCCAAUCUCGAGCUAUGAUCGUUCGAGUUUUGGUGAAAAGAUCAUAUGGUCGGGAAAGGAUUUGACACUUGAUUGACAGUGACCGAUACCGAUCAUGGAGAAGUGGGUGCACACGAGAUUGUCCGAUUUAUUGGAUUUUCCAAUAUCAGACGAUAUACCUCGUUAUAUUAUGCAAAUAGAAAAUGACAGAGACUUGGAAGAGCAUUUUGCAUCCUUUCUCGAUAUAAAAAAUCCAAAACACAAACAAUUUAUAACGGAAUUUAAGAAGCAACGUGCAUUGCACAGCAAUCAAGUUGGAUAUAAAAAAACAAACGACAACGACAAUGCGAUUCGCAACAAACAGUACGACAAGAAACAGAAUGACAAGAAAAAGGGAAAGGGGAAAGAAAAUGUUCAGGCGCAAGAAAGUGCGAAGCCUGAAAAAGUAGAAAAGAAAAAACCCAAGUUUGUAAACGUGUCUCAAGGAAAUGUACUUUUGAAAGGGAGACAUAAGUGUAACUGUGAGGCGAAGGAGCACCAAUUGGUUAACAAUUGUCUUAAUUGUGGGAGAAUAGUCUGUCAACAAGAAGGAGCAGGACCGUGCUACUUCUGUAAUGAACUUGUUUGUACGCCGGAGGAACAAGCGAUUCUUCAGAGCAAUUCUAAGAAAGCUGAUCGUUUGUUCAAGAAAUUGAUGGAAAAAAAACCGAAAGGAUAUGAAGAAUCUCUCAAACAGAGAGACAAGCUUCUGGAGUUCGACCGUAAUAGCGCUCGACGUACCAAAGUGAUCGAUGACGAGUCAGAUUACUAUCAAUCAAGUAACAUUUGGCUUUCAACCGGGGAGCGCGAAAAGUUGCAAAAACAAGAAGCAGACAGACACGCUGCCAAACAUGCAUCACGUUUAGAUAGAAAUAUUAAAAUAGAUUUUAUGGGAAGAACAAUCGAAGAAACUCAGCUGUCAUUUGAUCAGUCUGACGACGUGGAAUUAGAAGAACGUGAUAGAAUAAUGUUAUAUGAUGACUGUGAAUUUCCGAAUGUUUGUCCGACCAUAGAAUUUGACCGCCCGACGUUUGUCGAAAUGGGAGUGUCUAGAACAAGUCAAGAAGUUGGAAAUUAUAAAUGGUGCACAGAAGGUAAAGUUCAGGAUAAAGAAUAUUUGGAGAUGUCCGACCAAGGAUUAUGUUUGAGCAUGCAUCAGCCUUACGCGUCGUUGCUGGUAACGGGAAUAAAAACCCACGAGGGUAGAAGUUGGUAUUCCUCACAUAGAGGAAGACUGUGGAUAGCAUCCGCUGCUAAAGUACCUUCCAGAGAAGAAAUAUCGAACAUAGAGCAUAUCUAUCGCAUGUUGAAAAGCGAAAGUAUCAAGUUUCCCGAGACUUACCCUACAAGUUGCUUGCUGGGCUGCGUUACGGUGACCGAUGUUUUAUCUCAAGAGGAAUACAGAAAAUUAUAUCCGGAUGGGGAAAACGACAGUCCGUAUGUAUUUAUAUGUGAGGAUCCUUACAUGUUGCCGAUACAUCUUCCCAUGAAAGGGAAACACAAAAUCUAUAAAAUGGACAAGAAACUUCACCAAGCUGCCACUAAGUUGCUAGAAAAAACCAUGAAAGAGCGAUUUGAUCAAUAACUAAAAAAUAAUUAAAACUGUUUUAAAAUGUUCUUCUCUCGUCAAAUUCCAAAUAAGUCUUUUUUGUUUUGCACACGUAUGCGUUUAGGUUAAUAAUGUCAGUUUCCACGUUGUUAAAAAUAAUUCUUUGUUUUGUACAAAAGUUAUGUUUUUCGGUUAUACAACGCAUCUCUAACAAACAUUUUUCAAUAAAUAAUACAAUAAAUAUUA